AUGGACUUCAAGGAUAUUAUUAUGUCAUUUCCCUCCAUAUCAUGGACAGAUACACAGACCAUACUCCUGUUUCUAGUUGUCUUUCUCCUGAUCUCAGAACAGAUGAAGAACAGAAAGCCACAGAAUUUCCCCCCAGGACCCACAUGUUAUCCCUUCCUGGGCAAUAUUUUCAGUCUGGAUGCAACACAGCUUCACCUUCAACUGACCAAGAUGUCAGACAAUUAUGGAAACAUCUUCAGCUUGAGGUUAGGGGGAACAGAUUGCGUUGUGAUAAACACAUACACCAAAGUAAAAGAAGCUCUUGUUGAUCAAGCAGACACAUUCUCUGGCCGGCCACCCAAUGAAGUCUUCAAAAAAAUCAACAAGUGCCAAGGUAUAUCUGCUAACAAUGGCUAUAGCUGGAAGCAGCAAAGACGUUUCAUUCUCAGCACACUGAAGAACUUUGGAGUGGGAAAAAGAAACUUGGAGUGCAGUAUUAAGGAGGAGUUCAACUUCCUCUAUCAGACUAUAAUGAACACAGAAGGAAAACCUUUCGAUGCACAUUACCUUAUCAACAAUGCUGUCUCAAACAUCAUCUGUUCUUUGGUAUUUGGAAAAAGGUUUGAAUAUACAGACAAAAGGUUUCUAAACAUGCUCAAUCUGAUGUCAAAAGGCUUAAAACUGCAAGGGUCACUUUGGACACAGCUUUACAACUCCUUCCCCAAUCUCAUGGAACUAUUCCCAGGACCUCACAAAGACAUGGUCUCAUAUUUCAAACAACUGUGCAAUUUUCUAAAUGAAGAGAUCAAAAAUCAUCGGGCAGAAUGGAAUCCCUCCUCACCCAGAGAUUUUAUAGACUGCUACCUUUCUGAAAUUGAGAAGAGGAAGAAUGAUCCAGAGGCAGGAUUUCAUGAGCAAGGAUUGUGUGAUGUUCUACUGGAUCUGUUUGUGGCAGGGACUGAAACCACUUCCACCACUCUACUGUGGUCCUUCAUAUAUAUGAUGAAGUACCCAGAAAUACAAGAAAAGGUCCAGGCAGAGAUAGACAGAGUAAUUGGAUCAUUACGCCAACCCUGUAUGGCUGAUAGACCCAACAUGCCCUACACCGAUGCUGUCAUUCAUGAGAUCCAGAGGAUGGCAAAUAUUUUGCCUCUAAAUCUUCCAAGGUUCACCAGUAAAAACACCACACUUGGGGGAUAUUUUAUACCAAAAGGUACACAGAUCAUCCCUAACCUGACCUCAGUCCUGUUUGAUGAGACCCAGUGGAAAUCUCCUCAUUCAUUUAACCCUCAGAACUUCCUCAACCUUCAAGGAGAGUUUGUUAAGCCCAACGCUUUUCUUCCCUUCUCUGCAGGCAAAAGAGCUUGCCCAGGUGAAUCGCUUGCUCGUAUGGAGUUGUUUCUUUUCUUCACCUCCUUCUUCCAAGUUUUCACUCUCUCCCCUCCGGUUGGAACCAAAACUAGUCUGGAAUAUGAGUUUGGUAUAACACUUAGUCCAAAGCCAUUUAAGAUGACUGCCAGACCUCGGGGGCAGUCAUCCUCUCAAUGUCACGACACAUGCAGGUCAUAA